AUGAUAAUCUGUUCAGCAACUGAUACCAAUGGUAGCCACCUCACUACGUCACGCAUUAACCGGUUGCUGAGACCUUUGCGCAACAAAUGCUUGAGUUUGAGCAAGUUGUUGUCCACCGCUCGGCACAGUGCGUCUCGCAGCACAUACUCGUCACAUAGUCAAGUCUGGCCACUUGAUUCCCCUCCACCACUUACCCUCCUUCCUCAACCGUCCUCUGCCAUUAGAGGGAGGUUCAGCUAUUUCGACAAAGCAGAAGACCUGGAGCUCUCUCGCUUGAUUCACGCAGUUUGUGAUGCCUUUCGAUGUGUCCUUCAGGUCACGCACGGAACGGUGCCAGGGGAAUCAGUCCCCAGCCUGGCAGCUAUGUGCUGCUUCGUAGUUGGAGAAAAUGUUCCGCUCAGUGGCAUCGGAAUGCGCGACAGUCAAGAGGAGGUGGUAGAUGAAGAUGAGCUGAUGAAAACUAUGGAAGACAUCUAUGACGCCAUCCCAACUUACUAUCGACGACAUUCCAUCGCGUCCCAUGCACUUUCCCUUGUGCUAGCAAUUUGUCCACAUCACCACACGCUUAUCAGCACUCUUCUGGACAUCUGCUUGUCAUUUUGUCUAGUUCACGAAUCGCGUCGUUUGCUCGACAUAAUCCUUAAUAUUGCCUUUCUGUCCACCGGAUCUCCUCCUCCAAUCACGCACCUAGGACAUGUCUCCUACCUUUCCGAUCUUCUCGCUCGGUGGCUAUCUGGGAACAGCGAAAUAAUGCCUUCUGAUGCUAUUCCGUUAUUCUCAGUCUCAACGUUCUCGCGAGCGGUCGCAGAUACUCUAUCUCAACAAGAUGUCUCUUUAUGGGGAUGCAAAGCGGUCGCUAGGUUCUCUCGCGGCGUUGAAGUGACCGACAUCGACUCUUUUAUUACCCUUAUGGAUUCUCUAGUCGAAACCAUACAUGAUUAUUGCCCGGCGCGGUCUGGAAAGGGGAAGGAGAAGGAAACCCUAGAUAUUGCGGCUAUUCGCUACUGCUUGCGUGAUUGGAUGAACAGGUUGUUUGCGGUCACCGUUAGCACCUCCGCAGAACUUGCAGAUGAAUCUCGCCAUUCUGAUAUUGACUCUAUCAUUAUGUUACUCGACCGAUGUCGAAGCUACGGAAUGCAUACCCUGAGACUGGGUGAUUCACCUCAACCUUCUCAAGACGAACUUCCUGACGCAAUCACGAUACUCGCCACGCACCUUCAUAUUACAUAUUCACUAGCGGGUUAUGAUCCAUGUCUCUUGGAUCUGCUUCGUGAGGUUUCACCUAUUCCUACAACGUUCACUCGCCUCGUUGAACAUAUGCACCGAGGUUCCGCACAAGAUUUUAUGACAUCGCUACAGCAGUCCUCGUCAACUUUACAAACACACAAGCUACUACAGCUGGACGCUUCCCUGUGGGCCUGCGCCCUUCGUGUCUUCGAGAGCACCCCAAAAGGCACUUCUAAAGAGAUUCAGAAAUUUAAGCUUCUCUUGAUCGAUGGUGUGGACGAGGCCGAACGCCGGUUAUUCGGAGCUGGUCCAUCCGAUAGCAGCCCAGCCGUUCGGCUACCAGGACAGAGCAAGAGAUCCCGCGGUGUGCACCAUCGUCGGCCGAGUGGAGAAUGGGAGUGGGAGGAAAUGGUUGGCUGCUGGAUCCGCAAGACGCCUGCUCAAGUGAAGAAAAAGAGG